AUGCCCAGCCAGCGCGUGUAUGCCUUGACUAUUUGCGCCUACCGCAAGGAGGGAAUGAGCGAAGAUGACUACCACAGUUACCUAAGCGAACACCACGCCAAGCUGGUCAAGACUCACCUUGUCAAGGCUGGUAUUGUCAGCUAUACUAUGACCCACAAUACCACCGAAACCAAACAGAUGCUUCAACAGAUCUUUGGACACUUCCCAGAGGGCCACACCGCUAGCUAUGAUUGCUUUAUUCAGAUCAUAUUUAAGGAUGUGAAAGAUUAUAUUCGAGUGAAGGAUGAUCCUUACUAUCAAGAUGUAAUUUUUCCAGACCACGUUAACUUUGCCGACCCCGCGAGGACUGUUUUUGUUACGGGUUGGGUAGAGACGCAUAUUGCUGAUGGCCUGUUGACCUAA